CAUACUUAAAACAGGGAGUGUUUUUAACACAGAGAGACCAAGAUCAGACGUCCUCCAUGGCUGGUGUCUGCACCAUGAGAAACAGAUGUCUGAGGCUGCUGCCAGGACUCUUGGUGCUGCUGCUGUUGACACGAGGAGUGGCAGCCCUGAACCCUGGAGACACCAAUGAAUGUGUAGAAAACUCAACGGCAUCCUGUGGAAUGUAUUCAGAGUGCGAGAACGGAGAGGGAAGCUACUGCAUGUGUAGCCCAGGAUAUGGGUCUGUUUCUGAGGCAGGGUUCAGGAAUGAGAGUGAGAACACAUGUGAAGGAUUCUUGGGGCUGCUGCUGUUGGCAUUGGGAUCUGCAGACCAGAAUGCUAAAGCCUCUGCCACCACAGCCUCUGACUCCACAGCCUCUGACUCCACAGCCUCUAGCCCCACAGCCUGUGCUCGCUGGUGCCCCCUGCACUCCACAUGUGUCAACGCCACUGCCUGUCACUGCCUUCUGGGAUUCAUCUCUUCAUCUGGGGAGAUCGUCACCAGCCCCAUGGAGACUUGUGAUGACAUCAAUGAGUGUGAACUACCCUCGGUAUCCUGUGGAAAAUUCGCCAACUGCCAGAACACAGAGGGGAGCUAUUACUGCAGGUGCAACUCGGGAUAUAGGCUUCAUUCUGGGGCAACAGUGUUCAGGAAUGAAAAUGAGAACACAUGUCAAGCACAAUAUCCGUCCUCUCCACCGUUACCAGUGACUGCCAGACAAGGACCUUCCCCCACUGCAGCACACAUGAGCUCAGCCACACCAUACAGACUCUCAGGCCUCCUGGCCUCUAACAGACCCACUUACCACGUGAGGACAACGCAGAUGACAAGGACCCAGAAGAUUGUUGGGUCCAGUCUGGGAAGGACAACACAGACGCCACCACACACACACAAACUUGAAGAGUCAGCAGGAUUCUCCUUCCCCACCUGGACCCCACACUCUGGAAAGAAGAGCAAGAAGGAGGAUCCUAUCCUGGCUGUGAUCACCUAUGUGGGGCUGAGCGUCUCUCUGCUGUGCCUUCUCCUGGCGGCCCUCACUUUCCUGCUAUGCAAAGCCAUCCAGAACACCAGCACCUCCCUCCACUUGCAGCUCUGCAUCUGCCUCUUCCUGGCCCACCUGCUCUUCCUCAUGGCCAUCAACAGAACAGAGAUUAAGGUACUGUGUGCCAUCAUCGCUGGUGCCUUACACUACCUCUACCUGGCCUCCUUUACCUGGAUGCUGCUGGAGGGCCUGCACCUCUUCCUCACUGCACGCAGCCUGAUGGUGGUCAACUACUCCAGUGUGAGCAGGUUCAUGAAGAAAUUCAUGGUCCUUAUGGGCUAUGGAGUCCCAGCUGUCAUUGUGUCCAUUUCUGCAGCGUCCAGGCCUCACCUUUAUGGAACACCUGCCCGAUGCUGGCUCCACACACAACAGGGAUUUGUAUGGAUCUUCCUUGGCCCUGUCUUCAUCAUCAUCUCUAUUAACUUGGCUUUCUUUCUGAUGACCCUCUGGAUUCUGAAAAGCAAGCUCUCCUUGCUCAACAAUGAUGUCUCCUUCCUCCAGAACACGAGGAAGCUAACAUUUAAAGCAAUGGCCCAUCUCUUCAUCUUGGGCUGUGCAUGGUGUCUGGGAAUCCUGCAGCUGGGCCCAGCUGCCCAUGCCAUGGCCUAUCUCUUCACAAUCAUCAACAGCCUGCAGGGUGUCUUCAUCUUCCUGGUGUACUGUCUCCUCAGCCAGCAGGUCUGGGAGCAAUACAGGCAAUGGUUGAAAAGGAUCAAGAAAACCAAAGUGGACUCUGAGAAGUACACCCUCUCCAGCAUGGCCAUGUCUGAAGCUUCCAAAGACAAUGUGGAGGAGUAAAUUAACAACUAAACCAAAUGAUCCUGUCUCCUGGAAAAAUGAGGAAAACACUGACCUGUCAUCCUUUGGGCAAAGAGUACAGAAAAUACUUUUCUGUCUGUUACCAGUAACUGAUUCAGGCACCUUUAUGGGAGAGAGCAUGCACAAAAUGUUUGACAUUCAACUGCUAGAGAACUGGGAUUUUAUGGUCCACACAGCAUGCUCAGCUCACUCCCAUACAGUCAGGGAGCUAUGAUCCAGUUCCUCGGUUGUCUUGGGUUAAGCCCUGAACUUCAGCCUGUUUUUCUACAAAAAUGUCCCUCAAGCAUAACAAGGAAAACCAUCCUCAAACAUCUUUCUUAUGAGAGCAUAAAAAAAGAAAGUAAUGUCCAGUCAAGUACCUGUAUUUGGUCUCCCUACCUGCAUGCCUUGACUUCUUUACUUUUCAUGUCUAGAGACUUACUGAUUUUUCACUCAAAAAAUAGUUUUCUUACAAUUUGCUUCACAGAGAUCCCAGGUCCUGAUUUCAGCUUAUAUGGAAAAAAAAAGUUAGAGUAAAAUCAAUACAGUCUGUACAUCCUUACAUUUUACAAAUGGAGCUUGGAAAAGGCGUAUAUUCCUACAGCACAUCGUGUAAGAUGUAUUUAUAUUUAUUAUUUCAUCCAAAGCAUGUGAUCUAGGCAAGAUCUAAUUCCAGAGCAAUUACACCUGAAAGAAAUUUCCUGUGGGUUUCCACAGACCACAUUUGUAUAAUCUGAACACCACAGAAAAUGACUGUAAAUGGUUAGAACAUUAAAAACAUUUAUGAGUCCAUAGUGAUAUCUAAAAAUGUCAGCCAAUGAUUGUAAAAGACAAGAUAAAAGUAGAAAGUUACAAUUUUUCAAUAAAUACUGAGUAAAUGGCACUAAACACAAUGUGAAAAGCUAUUGGAGAACAGGCUAGUCCUACAGUGCCCAAAAAAACCACCUCGCAGAUUAGUGGUUGAUUACAAGGGCUAAAGUGCACAUUGACAAUAGGGAGAUCUGAACUUAAUGAUCAGCUUCACAUUGUCAAUAUUGGGAAACCUGACUUUAUAUAUCUCCUGAUAAGACAUGAAGUUACAACAUCCCAUGUGCAGUAAAUAAUGAAUUAUGUGCAAGUCACUCUACCCUAAAUCUAACCCAGCUUUUAGAUGGAGGGUUAGAAAACCAUAACAUGCAGGCUAAAUCUGGGCCUCUGCCUGCUUUUGUAAAUAAAGUUUUAUUGGAACACAUCAAAGUCAUUCACUGCUGGGUUGUCUAUGGCUCCUUUCAUACUAUAAUGUCAGAGCUGAGUAGCUAUGAAAGACACUGCAAAGCCACAAAACCAGAAAAAUAUUUACUAACUAUCCCAUUAUAGAAAGAGCUUGCUGAGAUCUGUUCUUUCAGACCUAAAUAUCAGUAUACAUGGAAUAUAAGGAACAGAAUAAGAAGUUAACUGACAUCAUGAGGAAGCAAUCAGAAAAAUCAAGAAUAUAGAGCAUUAAGCAAGUCAGGUGAUUUGGACACUUUUAAAGUCAGUAUCAUUAUAAAAAAUAGUUACUAUCACUUGAAAAAAUGAUUACAGGCUAUUCUAGAAAACAGAUGAAAACAACAUAGUAGUCAAAUUCAAUGUUAAUUAUAUUGAGAUUCUGAUUUAGAAACACAACCAUAAAAAUAUUUUGGAGGCAAUUGGGAAAUCUACAUAUAUCAGAUAUUAUAAUUA